GGUGUCGUACACGACAAGCAUCAAUUAAUUCAACCAUUGUAUUCACCGUUGUAUCUUUAUGUAAUAUACAUUUAUUCAUAUUUGUUCAAGGUGAUGAUCAUACUAAAAAUUUAAAUGAUCUCAAUUCUAUACGCUCCACUGUUAAUCCAUUUCAAUAUCAACGAUGUUAUUUACAUCCAAGUUAUGUACACUUUUUCGAACAAAUCUAUACAUGGAUUGAUAUGUUUCUUGUUACAAUAAUCCCUUUUAUAUUUAUUAUUUUAUGUAAUUUAACUGUUGUUAAUCGUGUUUUUCUUACAUCUACUCCGGGUAAAAAAGGCGAAUUCGUUAGUCGCUCGAAAGCAACAAAUCGUUUACGUUCAUUAUGUUUAAUAAUGGUAUGUUCAUCAUUUGUAUUUGUUGCAACAACGUUACCAGUAACUGCAUUUAUUAUUGAUUUACUUUCACAUAAAGCAUCAAUUGAUGUAAUGCGUUGUCGACGUAUACAAUGGACAAUCUAUAAUAUUUUAAUGUAUUUUAAUUAUGCAAGUACUCUUCUUUAUUGUUUAUCCGGUACAGAAUUUCGUCAUGCACUAAUGAAAACAAUAGGUUUUCAAGAGAAACGAAAUUUAGCAAAAAUACUUCAAACAGAUAUGAUGAAUGCUGUUAAUCAUCGUUUAACAUCAGCACCCCGACAAUUCCGUCAAGUACUUGUAGAAUAUCAAGCUGAAAAACAUUUUGCUUCAUCAUGUGUUAAUGGGACACCAGUUAAUAUGCAUAAUAAAAUUCAAUUUAUGAUGAAAACAACAACAGUUAAGGCAAAAUAUUUACAAAUUCAACAACCAGAUUAUCAUGAUUAUUACAGAAAAUCUUUUACAAGUCAAACAAGUUGUAUAGGCGGUUCAACAUCAACAAUAAGUCACAGUUUACCAAAUUCACGAUGUGGACCAGAUUAUGGAUCGAUUAAUCAAAUUGACAUAUCUGAUCAUACCAAUGAUAAAAAUCCUACCGUACAGAACAAGGUUAUUUUCCAUGAUAUAGAUGAAUAA